CCUCAGUAGACCAAGAAUCGUAGAUGGCAUUGGAGCCUCCUGCUUCAGCGAGAUCAUGUUUCUCCAGUAUUACCUCAAUGAACAGGCGGACCGGGUCUAUACCCUGAAGAAGUUUGAUCCUCUGGGACAACAGACCUGCUCGGCCCAUCCUGCUCGGUUGUCCCCAGACGACAAAUACUCCAGACACCGAGUCACCAUCAAGAAAUGUUUCAAGGUGCUGGUGACUCAGCAGUCGCACCCUGUACUGUGAAGGCCCCUUGCAUUUCAUGUC